UUGAAAGCUGUCUCUCCUGUCUCUGUGAAAGCUGUCUCUCCUGUCUCUGUGAAAGCUGUCUCUCCUGUCUCUGUGAAAGAUGUCUCUCCUGUUUCUGUGAAAGUUGUCUCUCCUGUCUCUGUGAAAGACUUCUCUCCUAUAUCUGUGAAAGACGUCCUCCUUCCAGCCCCCGUCAUAGUUGACACCCCAGCAGUGAUUGGCCCUUAUGAGGGCAUGAAGCCAGGGUGUACCAAAAUGGCUACUCCACUUCCUGAGUUGAAAGUUGAGGUGAUGAAAAAACUGUCCCCAGAGAGUGGUGUCCAGUUGAACGACGUCCCCCCAGUCCCCUCUGUAUUAGUGUCCCCUGUCCCAUAUAACCCAGUGAAGAAGAAUCCUGCCCCAGUGGACACACUGACAGCCCUGUCUGACACACUCAUCUCCUUCGACACAGGUUCAUCCAGAGUGCAUGGUGAGCCGAUCCCUCAGCUCAUGACUGAUGAUCUCCUCUCUCUCACUAACGGUCUAGAACAGGAGUUGGUAAAGCCCAUCCCUCCCAUCCCAGGAUCUUGGAGUCAGGAGCUUCUCUAUGGAUCAGACAGGCUCAGUUAUGCCGAGUCCGAAGAGGAGGAGCCGAGAGACGAGAAGCCAGAGGACACACACAGAGAUAUUGACAGUCCAACCCCUAGUACUGACUCCAGUGUAAAUGAAAAUGUGUUGGAGGACCUUGAAGACGACUUUAUCCCCAUCAACACGAACACAACAAGACAUACGUGGAAGAGGUCCUGGGACGUCAACCCUAUCACUACCACAGACAAGAGUGAGGAGGAGGAGCCUGAGGAGCAGGAUCCACAGGUGUCCCUGGUUACGGUUCAGAAACAGUCAUCUGACAGUGAAUCACCAUGGGAUAGAUGGAGUGCACCAACUGUCUAUAAAGAGAAGAGAGACCCAGAGCCUUCAAUGGACCGUUCUAGCUCCUACUCCAGGACCUUGGACAGUUCUGCCAACCAGAGACCCACGUCACCAGACACAGAGUCCAAGAAGGGUUUUGUGUACCUGAAGGAGUAUGUGAACGCUACAGACCUAACCAAGCACAACACCAGAGACAACGUUCCUGACUAUGUAACGUCUAGUUCUACCAGCCAUUCCUACAGCAGCCCCUCCUCUUACACCAGGACUACCACGACGUCUGCCUGUACGUACUGUGGAGAGCAGGUGGGCAACGAUGCCAAGAUCACCAUCGAGCACCUCAACAUCUCCUGCCACCCAGCCUGCUUCAAGUGUGGUGUUUGCAGUAAGCCAAUGGGAGACUUUCUGUACAACAUGUUCCUGCACAAAGGGAUAGUCCACUGUGAGAGCUGCUACUCCAACGUCUUGUAGAUUGCUUCUUCCCCUCGUCUCUUUUCCUUCAUGGCCACAGAGGUGACAAGACUGGAUGGCUGAUAUAACUGCUCGCUCCUAUCAAGACCUGUCGUCUGCUAACAGACAGGGAACACCGCACCUUUAAUUUGACAGGAAUUUCUAUGUGUUACAUUUUGUUUUCAGACCUUUGUUUGGGUCCUACUGAAUUGAAUGAGGUUAACACUGAAAUACUAUGGGAGUUAUUCUAUGGUUUAGGGUUGGUAAAGAUAAUAAUAUUACUGAUAUAGUUUAAUCUUCUGUCCGUUUCAAUGUCCACUUUUUUUUGUUGCCUUUUUCUCCUUAAAGGCCCAGUGCAGUCAAAAACAUGAUUUCCUGUGUUUUAUAUUUCCACACUAUGAGGUUGGAAAAAUAAUAUGAAAUGAUGAUGAUUCCCUUUUAGUGUAAGAGCUGUUUGAAAAGACCACCUGAAAUUUCAGCCUGUUCUGGUGGGAUGGAGUUUAGGACUGUCUGGUGACAUCAACAGGCAGUAUACGUUAAUAGACCAAUAACAAAUAGAGUUUCAAACCUCUCUGCGAAUAACAGCUAGUUUUCAUGGGAGAUAUCCCUCCCAUUAGGCUCGUCCAGUUAGGACUCAGACCACUCCCAGACAGUCCGAGCUAAAUUCUUGCUUGAGAAAUUGCUCUUUGCUAAGAAGCAAUUUUUAUUUUAUUUUAGACCAUCUUAAUUGAAAACAAUCACAGUAAGAUACUUAAUAGUUACCCAGAAAUGAUUUGAUAUCAAGAUAAAAAUGGCUGCAUUGUGCCUUUAAUGUUGUAACUUGGUGAAUGUAUUGUGAAAUAUGAAGAUACUGUAUGUAAAAGCCUCUAAAUAUUAUAACGUAAUGACAAGAUUUAACUGGGAACUGGAUAUGUGGAUUGGCAGUUGGGUACAAUUUUCUACUUUCAGUCUUGACUAUGCAAAGAAAAUAACUACAGAUUUUCGAUCAAAUUUUUAUUUUUUAAAUUGUUUUUGACGCUUUGACUCAGAAAAACAAUAAAAUUGAUUUAUAUAAACAUGAUAAA